AUGGAGGAGGAAUCUCUCAUUGACUUUCUUCUACGAGAUGAAGUUGUAGCUAUGGAGGAGGAAUGGAGAUUCAGACCUUUACUACGAUCGACUGAAUCCAAACAGAUAAGAAGCAAGAAAAAGCCCGGCCGACGAAUUAAAAAGACACGUUCGCCAAUAGUACAAAACGAAAUUGAAGAUACGGCAAAUGAACUCGUAGAUCUCAUACUUAAAGAGCCGGGAUUUUCAAGAUUUCAGCCAAUAGAUAGUAAUCGACAGCGGUUUGAAUCCCAAUUAAGGAUACCUGACACAAAUUCUAACACUACAGAACACAAGAGAGCCUCCCGGCCUAAGAGGAAGGAUCAGAGAAAUAAGAACGAUAGAGCUGGCACUAAAAAUUUGAAUAACGGACUGCAAGAGAGUGACCAAGAUAUUUUUGAGUUUAAGUUCGAACUUCUAUCCAUAGAAAAUGAUUAUGAUUCGAAAAGGACGGGAACGAAACGUGAGAAUCACAGGAAAAGCAAAAGAGAUUCAAGCAAAUUCUUCAUCAAAUCUGAGAGGGUAUUAGAGGGUCAACUAAUCAUGGAAUCUCUCGAAAAUCGUGAUGCAAAUAAUAAUAGUGUUGUAAAAGAGCUUGUGGAUGGAUCAUCUCGGAAGUCUAGGCGCAACCAUAGGACGAAGCAAAAUCAAGCGUGCGAUUCACCCUUAAAACUUAAUAGAAGAAAGCGUGAUCGCCAAAGAAAAUCAAAUCUAAAAAAUGGAGACAUAGCAAAUGUUAAAGCUGAGAUCAAGAUGGAAGAAAAUGAUUCAAAACAAAACUUGUCAACUGGUAGGAGUAAAUCUAAAAAGACUAGGGAGAGUAAAUCUAAAAAGAUUAGAGAGAAAAAAAAAACAUAUCUUCUGAAGCUGAAGCUGAACCUAGAGAAUCGAAUUACCAACUAG